CAAUUUGAUGAUUUAGAAUCAAUUUUAAAUUAACUUUAUCAAACAACCUUAAUAUUUAAUGUAAAAAAUAAGUGAUAAGUUUUAAAUUAAUAAUUUAUGAAUAAUUUAACUUAAAGUCAACUUAAGUCAUUAUUAAGUAAUAAGUAUUAAGUUUUUACCAAAUACCCACUUACUAAGUUACUUCAAUUAAAAGAUAUUGGAGUCAUCAUAAUUUGUCUUCUUUGGUUCUUGGAAUCUAGUAAAAGAAUGAGAGAAAUAAUGGGAGAUGAUGCAUUAGGUAAGAAUAAGCAUUGUAUUAUUGCUUAUUUUAUCAUUCUUUGGAGUUUUCUAAGCAUUCUCAUCAAUUUUGAAUAAUUUUCGUCUCACCAAUAUUUGUGUAAAAAUAUCCAUUGAUAUUUAUGAUAUAUCUGUAAAAUCCAAAUACCAAUAUAUCUAUAUUUAUCAAUAUUUUAAACAUUGGGUCUUACUCACUAGUGGAAAAAAUGUAUAUCACUCCUAUAUAUGGAACAAAGGAACUUACCAUAUACAAAAGUAGCUCACUAAUAUUUUAUAAGAAUAUAUUAUCUCAUGACAAUGAUUAACGGAGUGAAUGUAGCAUUAAAUCAACACCAAUACUAAUAAUUGAGAAAGGAUUUAGAAAAGAAAUAUGGAUUGUACUAUUGCGUACGGAAGGAGUACUUUUAUUUUAAGUCAUUUCAUCAAAUGAAAAUUAAUCUUAAUCAAUAAGAUUUAUAAUGAUCUUGUGGGAAGCGUGAACAAAAUUACUUCUCAAUGUAAUCUAGUUACUUUUCAAUUAGAUUUAAUUAUUUUCUUGAUUGAUCUAAUUUAAAGGAAAAAAAUUACUUCUUCCAACUCAAAAUUUCAUUUAGAUAUAUUCUUUUUUCUAGUACUGAAAUCUCAAAAGAAGUAAUAUAUAUAAUAAUGAUUCUUGUUCACUAAAGGAGUGUGACGUUUGGAAUUUAUUCAAAUAUGACUUGUAAGUGGGUCUAGAAAAAGAAUAAAGUUACAAAAUUAUAAAAUUGAAAAGGAAGGAACAAAAAUUUUACGCACCUAGGUUGUCAGAAUAAAGACUUGUAAAAUUACCAUAAACAUUGCUUUAGAUGUUCUCUUAUGGGUCCCUAAAAAGGGUUUUUUUUUUCUAAAGCUAAAUUAAAUAUUCCCUUCCAACCCAAUGAAGGGAAAAGGAAAAUGGAAUUAUCUUGUCCUCAUUGCACUUUUAUAAUAUCCAUUCACCUUUUUUUUUUUUAUAAAGUUGGUGAUAUAAACUGUUAUUUGAUGGUUAUAAAUACUAGAUCUUGAAAUAGCUUGUGAAAUGAGUCUAAUACACUUGGAAAGAAUCCUCUAGAAGCACUUUCUUAAUUAUAUAGUAUAGGUUUUUCAUAAAAAAUUAAUUACAACAUAGUUAAAGUGCCUAUUCUCAUAUCUUAUUCCGCAAAAUUUUGUUAUAUUUUGAACAUUACUACUUUUCUAGAGAAUCUCACAUCAACACUAAAAGGUGUUUGAUUAUUAACAUUAUAAAAUCUUUUAUAUUUGUAAUUGAAGUGUUUUAUACAUCCAAGUGAAUAUGGUAUGGAACCUCUAAGCUACUGAAAGGUAGAGUACCUCCGCUAAUAAGGCUCAAUCAAUGUUAGCAGCUAGCCAAUGUGGGACAUUGGACUUUUGUUUGUCCUAUGUCAAAAAUCCUUAGUAAAUUGUUUAUGCCCAUGUUUAUGUUUCAAUUGCUGAUGCCCAAUCUCGCUUUGAAACCAAAUGAUGCGAGACCAUAUACACUCCCUAAAGCCUAAGCUAAUAGGAAGUAAAGGUAGCUCCACAUAACAGGUCCAACCAACAUUAAUCAGUUGAUGUUGGAAAUAGAAAAAUGAGGUUCUAAUGCAAUGAAAAAGGCAAAUAAGCCAAAUGAAAUAACCAUUCUAGUAAGUAGUAACACCUAACAUAUUUCUUUCUUCUCACAAAUUUUAAAAUCCAAGUGAAACUACUGAAUUGCUCCUCUGAUAGUGUAAAAUUUCUCUUUAUAAUACAAAGAGUAUAUAUACACUAUACUCCUUAAAGAUCCACUUGAAAGAAUUGGUAGAGAGUAGCAUUGCAUUAUACAUUAAUAUUUGACCUUCUAGUAUUUCCCAUGAAAAAGACGAGGGAAAAAGUGUUGACACAAAUGCUUCUUUCCUAAAGGUGACUCAAUAGCAUAUUUUCUAUAUAAAGUUGAGUAUGUUUCUAGCUUUCCCAAAGCAAAAACAUGAGAAUGGCUUCACUUAGACUGCCUGAUUCAAUUCCUUCUCCAGCCCAAGAUAGUGAGAGACUUAAUCUAGCUUUACAAGGUCUUUCUUCUUUUUCUUUUCUUCUGCCUUCAUUUAUCUGUUCAGUUUUUCGAUGCAUAUAGACCAACAUAAUGUAAUGAUUGUAUGAAGUUCAAAUCCUCUUGGUUACUUUUUUAUUGGUUAUGUGGAUAUGGGUAGGGAGAGGAGUGGAUGAACAAGUGAUAGUAUGGAUAUUGGGACACAGGAAUGCAAUCCAAAGGAAGCAGAUCAAAGACACUUACCAACAGCUUUAUAAAGAGUCCAUCAUCCAUCGUCUUCAAUCUAAACUAUCUAGUGGGCUCAAGACAGCAAUGAUCUUGUGGAUGAAUGAAGCCCCCGAAAGGGAUGCGAUAUUGGCAAACAAGGCCUUGAAAAGGAAGAGGAAGAAAAUAAAUCAGUUGCAGGUAUUGGUAGAGAUAGCAUGUGCAUCAUCCCCGGACCAUCUAAUGGCAGUGAGGCAGGCCUACUGCUCUUUAUACGAAUGCUCUCUGGAAGAAGACAUCACAUCCAACAUCUCAACUUCUCUCCAAAAGCUUCUAGUGGGUCUAGUGAGCUCGUACAGGCAUGAUAGAGAAUUGGUGGACUUUAAUCUUGCAAAAUCUGAGGCAGAUAAGAUACAUGAAGCCAUUGAAAAGAAUCAAUUAGAUCAUGAUGAUGUUGUGUGGAUAUUGACAACAAGGAAUUUCUUUCAACUUAGAGCAACUUUUGUGUGCUACAAGCAAAGUUACGAAGUUGCUAUUGAUCAGGCCAUUAAUAGCAGUGGAAAUGGUGAUUUGGGCUCUAUAUUGCGAGGAGUAAUUUUGUGCAUUGUUUCCCCAGAGAAACAUUUUGCUGAGGUCAUUAAAGCCUCCACUGUUGGGUACUGGACUAAAGAUGAAGAUUCAUUGACAAGAGCAAUUGUGACUCGGGCUGAAAUUGAUAUGACGAAGAUCAAAGGAGAGUACUUCAAAAUGAACAACACCAAUCUCGAUGAUGUAGUUAGACGUGAUACAUCAGGGGUUUACAAAAGCUUCUUGAUGGCCUUAAUUGGAGCAAAAAUUUGAUUCUCUCGACCAAGUGUCUGCUGUUGUUCUAAAUCAUGGAAAACUAGCUUUAUUUGGGAUAUAUUUCCUUAUUUCCCCAUUGUAGCCCGCAAAAGUUGAAUUAUAAGAACCUUUCGAAUGUUUAUCUUAAAAGUUUGACCGUAAA